UGUAAAGUUUAAACAUUUAACACGCGUAUUUUAUAAUUUUCAGGUAUGGCGGAGGAGGAGAUAUUGUUUGAUGAUGUUUACGAGCUCCAAGACGUCAUCGGAAAGGGUCCAUUCAGUAUAGUACGGAGAUGUUUACACAGAGACUCGAGGAAACAGUUUGCUGUGAAGAUUGUAGAUGUUGCCAAAUUUACCUCAAGUCCUGGCCUAAGUACAGAAGAUUUGAAAAGGGAGGCAAGCAUAUGUCACAUGUUAAAACAUCCUCAUAUUGUGGAACUAUUAGAGACAUAUAGUUCUGAUGGCAUGCUGUACAUGGUGUUUGAAUAUAUGGAUGGGGCUGACUUAUGUUUUGAGAUAGUGAAGCGAGCAUCUGCAGGCUUUGUGUACAGUGAAGCAGUUUCUAGCCACUAUAUGAGACAGAUUUUGGAAGCCCUGCGAUAUUGUCAUGCAAAUGGAAUCAUCCACAGGGAUUUGAAACCACAUUGUGUCUUACUAGCUUCUACAGAAAACUCCGCCCCUGUGAAAAUAGGAGGGUUUGGUGUUGCUGUACAACUUCCAGAGGGUGGACAGAUUUCUGGAGAUGUAGUCAUCAACCAUAACCUUGACCUUUGGUUGGAAUUACGUGAAGAUCGUGUUGGUCGUAUAGGUACACCACAGUUUAUGGCCCCUGAAGUUGUGAAGCGGGAACCCUAUGGGAAGCCAGUGGAUGUAUGGGGCUGUGGAAUUAUGUUGUUUAUACUGCUGUGUGGGUAUCCCCCAUUUAUGGGAACAAAAGAACGUCUUGCAGAUCUCAUUGUACAGGGGAAAUAUCAUAUGCGGGAAAAACAAUGGAUAACAAUUUCUCCAGAAGCCAAAGAUCUUGUGUCAAGAAUGUUGGAGGUUGAUGCUGAACAAAGAAUAACUAUUGAAGAGGCACUUGCUCAUCCAUGGAUCAAGGAGAGAUCUAAAAUAUCUAAAAGUCAUUUGACAGAAACUGUGGAAGAACUGAAGAAAUUUAACGCAAGAAGAAAAUUAAAGGGUGCUAUAAUGGCAGCAGUAUCAAGUACGAAGUGGACAGGUUUCUACAAUGAUCCACCACAUCCCGAACUUAAUGAAGAGGAUAUAACUAGCACUGGAGCAGUGUCCCAGGUUCUGGAUUCUCUAGAAGAGAUAACGUGUCUUGUUGACUGUACGAGCGGAGAAGGCGAGUUUCUCGAGGAAGUGCUGGAAGAUACCAAACUUCACAACCUGCUGAAUUUGAUGAGGACUGGCCAUUCUCACCAGUAUUUGACCACUUCAGUCUAUAUAUCCAUGAAGAAUAGCCAGAUACUGUGCAGUGAAGCUGACUCCCUCAGUUCUGGCAUUUUGAUACUGAAAUCUGUGUUAUAUAAAUAUGAGCCGACAGAGUGA